AUGAAAGGUUGGAAGUUUGGGAGGAAGAAAAGUGUUGUUUCUUGCUGAGCUAAAGACACUUAUUGAGAAGAAGCUCAAUGUGAUGUUCUUCUCGCUUGAAUUGGAGGAGUUCUGGGUCUAUUGAUUGCUAGAAACCUUUGUUUCGAUUGCGUGAUGCUCACUUUUAGAAUGUAUUUCUUUAUUGGAUUUAAUUCGAAAUUAGGUUAUUUUAACAAAUGAAUAAAAAUUUGCUGGUGAUUUCUCUGUUUAUUAUAA